AUGCUUCAAACAAUUCUUAUGUUUCGUCCAGAAGAGGUUUGUCGUGUUUGCGGUGAUCGAGCGAGUGGUCGGCAUUAUGGAGUACAAAGUUGUGAUGGAUGUCGCGGUUUUUUUAAAAGAUCAAUUAGAAGACGAUUAAAUUAUGAAUGCAAGGAAGAUCAACAAUGCGUUGUCGAUAUCACACGCAGAAAUCAGUGUCAAGCAUGUCGAUUUCGAAAGUGUUUGGCGGUCUCAAUGAAUCCUCACGGUUUUUUUAAGACUACGUUUAUUUUUAUAAUCUCACCGGAAAUACAUUAA